AUGGCGCCGAGUGACCAGACUGGCGUUUCUCUCCGCUGGAGCAAGGGAUCGGCCCAACUCUGCUCUCCUGUUGCCUGCUGCUGCUGCUGCAGGUGUCGCGACAGAGAACCACCUGCUCCUUCGUGUUCGAAAUGCGCCGCUUGUGAUGUUAUUACGCCGCAUGCUGUGACACCUUUGUCACUCGUCAAUCGUCGUCCACACGCGCCUGACAAAGCACCGCCCCGUUUCUGCCCAUCUUUCUUCAGCCUCGGACGUGAGAGAGAAGCUACGAGUGGUGCUGUUGUGUCCUCCAACCUCCAACAGACAAUCCUGCACCCCGACUGCAUGAGCGGCUUCUGCAACCUGUCCGGCCCUGUCACGAUGGAAGAGCCCGCGAUACGCCAAGGGGUUUACGUCACGGCGGCCUACGUCUUAGUUUUCUACGCCUGUAUCAUCGGGCAAGCCAGCGCCAAGUGGAAGGUUGCAGCUUCCUACAGAGCGCGCGGCGAAAGGUUCGAGCGGUACUACAAUGUCAAGGACAAGGCUAUGCUCGCCUGGGACAGGAUAGUGGGCAACCUUCUCGAGCAAGCGAUGCCGUUCUUGACUCUCUUCUGGCUAAACAUCGGCCUUGCUGCCCUCGGGGCGACUAGCCACACCGGUGUUGCCAUUGCCGGUUGGAUCUACGUGGUGUUCCGGGCCCUCUAUCCCGUCAUGUGGCUUAGCGGAGGAGGCGGGCGGGCGGGGCCCCGUAGCAAGAUUCUGUUCGUGACCCCUGUCAUGUACCUGGUGAUCAUAUAUCUGGUCGGCAACAUGCUUUGGGCUGUUCGGUCGAGGUGAUCGCUCGAUCGGGAUGCAUAUGAUGAGCACGGCGCGCAAAGAGGCGCCGGCAGGUCUUCGGGCAGGAGGCCGACACUCCACGCCAGCACCAAUCGUUGCUGCAGAGCGCAGACGUACAUGGGAGUAAUAUGGAGUAGUUGACAGUUAGCCGAGUUGUUUAGCUCUGUGCUGCUUCACCGGCGCAGAAGCGGUACUGCCUUAGGAGUAUCGAGUAUCACCGCGUGUGAAGUAGACCCUUUCGCUAGUGGCGUCGUGGGUUGUGGGGUUUGCGAUGAAGGCGGAGAAUUCGUUUAGAUCAUGUCACCGGGUGUUGAAUCGCAGUUUUGUCCUGAACGUGUGAGAUGUUGCUCGCCUGACGGGGCUCAUCUCCCAAGUUUAUCUACAAGUAUGCUGGGUGGGGGUUGCGGCAGGUGUAGAUGAAGGUUUUGAAUGUGCACGCCGAAUUUUUGGUAUGUUACUUGAUUGGACUAGAGCCGUAUGCUUAUGCAGCACAACAGUAGAUUUUCAAGGUUACGGAGUGUAACUACUGUGCCGUAAAUGUAAUUGUUUUCUCGGUUCAGAGGCCGUUUUGUGUUUUGCUUGCCUGGUGUGUGCGCGUUUAGCGUGGUUCGCCUUUCGCAAACGCACGGAGAGGUCUACGUAAGGAAAUAUAUACCGGCCAGUGCA